AUGCUAGAAUCAAGUGGGCUAAGGGACAUUUAGGUCGGUGGCAGGCAAGGGAAGUUCCGCCCUCACGUGUUGUCACAUCCGGGUCCAUUCCACGAGGGUAAAAUAGACUCAAAUCGCAGGCCAGUUACCAGGAAAAGUAGCGCUUGCACCCGGAAGUUUCGGUAGCCAUGGAGACGCACGUUGACGCUUUGUAUGAUAGAUUCUAGGAACUGGAGGUGUAAGAUGGCGCCGCCCGGGACUAUUCGCCGGCAGCUAGACUCUGUAACACGCAACAUAUUUAGUGAUGUGAGGCGGACAGCGUCCAAAAAGAGCGAAGCGGAAGAGGUUCAUAUUGUCUCUAGUUUGCCACUGCAGAUGUCGCUCUACUUCAACACAUUUUAUUUUCCCUUCUGGUGGAUCUGUGAUGUUAUAACACUUCAGUUAAAGUAUGUUCUGCUUCCUGAUCAUUACAAAUUUAUUCUUGUGACUAUACUGAUCUUGAUGACAGUGAUUGAAAUAAUUCGACUAUAUCUUGGAUACAGUGGAAACUUACAAGAAAAGGUUCCAGAACUGGCAGGGUUUUGGCUGCUCAGCAUCUUGUUGCAGCUUCCACUUCUGCUUUUCCUUUUAUUCGACCCUGGAGUGGAGCCUUUACCACUUGAACGGGCCUCACAUGGGAUACUGACCGCGUUCCUGCUCUUUCAGAUUCCUGUGUCGUCGCUCACACUACGCAAGACCACCCAACGUCUUGCUGGUAGAUUUCACCAGCUAGAGAAUUUAAGGGAGCAAGCUUGAUAUGAUCUUGCUUUGCUGUUGGAAGGAAAAAGCCAUAUUCAGUCAGGGUGGAAGAGGCAAUACCAGUUGAGUAACAGAACAAUAGUGCAAAAGCAGCACAUACUAUCAAAAUGCCUUAAUUAUUUCAUAUAAUGAAAACCGCAGAAAUGUUGUAGUUUACAUGCUGCUGGAGGGACCUAGUUUAUGGAAAUAACACCUUUACAACCUAAUACAUGACUGCAAUGUGGACAUUAAUGGAACCCUAGGGUUGCAAGCCCCGACAUAACGUCACAUACUUUGUACUAGCUGCUGACCUCUGACUGGCUCUAAUAGAAAUUUCUCAUUCCCACCUAACACAGUUAAACAUGAUCUAUUUCUUAUAAAUUGUCAAGGAAUAAAAUGUAGUUUUUAAUUAUUGUUACUAACAUUGUGGGACACCCCUCCGGGAUAUCCUGGAGAAGAGUUCCCAGGUGUGGCUGUGGCAUCGAUUCCCCAUUUCCCUGUUAAUACACCAGAGGCAGGACCAUGGCAAUGCAAUUCACAGUCCCUCUUCACUGCACAAGUGGACUUUAUGCAGGAUAGAUGUUUCCGCUCCCAUUAUCCAGUGAGAGCUCCUCAAAAUUCAGAAGUCUCCUGCACAUUCCUGAAGAGUUGAAAAGUUUAUGUCUUUAUCCAAAACUUAAUCUGAAUAUUUUAUUAAGGACACGCAUAGCACUCAGCCUGGAAUUAACCUUGUUCUCUUCCUUCUGAGUAUAAUGUUAUAGUGACAUUUCUCUCAAACAUUAAAUCUUAAAACAAUAGGCCUAAUUCAGAGGUGGAUGCAAUGUCUAUGCUGCACACAGUUGGCCGAUGUAAGUCUGAGACGCAAAGUGCAUGCGUCCUGAUUGUUACUGCGCAGACUACUAAAUCAGAGGUCCAGUAAGGUGUACCUGGAAGGUAAUGGGGGUGGCUUAGCAGAUGCAGCGUCGCUGAAAGUGGUCUCUGAACUGCUCACGUGGGACGCCAUACUUGGACAAAGAAAGUGCACCUCCCAUAAGGCUGGUGCAAGUUGUUGGUGCACCAGUGGGUACUCUAAAGACUCUUCGAGGCGGAAAUGCGCUUUCUCAAGUUGCUGCAAGUUGGUGUCUCAGUUUUUAGAAAAUUAGACCCAAUAUGUGUUGUACAUUUAUAAUUGAACAUUUGUGUGUUUAUGUUUAAAUAUCAUGUACAAUAAGAUUUUAUGAUAAGUAUACGAAUAAUUGCUCUUGUACAUCACUCAAAUUGUCACUUUUAUAUGUAAAUAUACGCUUAUUUUCAUAUAUUCAUA